AUGGCAAUACCAGUGGGACUGAGGUCCAUCAGAGAGUCUUUUGCUUCUCUCCAUGGCUUUCUCACCGUUGACGUUCAUGGUGGCUUGAUGGUAUGCAACCCUAGCAUGGAGCAGGUCAUUAAGUUGCACAGUUCCACCAGAUUCGUGGGAUACGAUCCGAUUGAAGGUCAACAUAAGGCAUUGUUUGUUGAAUCGAGAGAUCAUCGUUCUUCUGUUCAUCGUCAUCUAGACCACAAGGUGUUAACAUUGGGAGGAGGAUCAUGGAGACACAUUGAGGGUACCCCUGGACCUUAUGAAGCGAUAUCAGUGGGAGUAUGCGUCAAUGGUGUCAUCUACUAUGGUGCUCGUAACUCAGCCGAUUUUAGGAAUCCAGUUAUGGUGUGUUUUGAUGUUAGAACUGAGAAACUAAGUUUUAUCCAAGCACAUGCACCUCUCGUUAAAUGGGGUAAGUAUUCCAUAUUUAUAGAUUACAAUGGGAAGCUAGCUUCUAUUGUGAGAUACCCUUAUGAUCGUUUCAAUAGUUUUGAUUUAUGGAUAUUAGAAGACCCCGAGAAACAUGAAUGGUCAAAGCAACAUUGUGUGUUUCCCUCCUCCGUGUGGGAUUAUGUUUGGGGCUUGGAAAUGUCUUUUCCAGGAACCAACAAGGAUGGGGAGAUCAUUAUGGCUCCAACCAGCUUGUCACCUGAGAUUGGACCCUUUUACAUUUUUUACUACAAUGUUAAAACACAAAACGUUAGAAGAGUUAGGCUCCUAGGCAUUGGAGACAAUAAAGAGUUUAGACGCUCUUAUGGAUUCUUAAAGCAGCGUGAUUGUUUUGUCCGUAUCGCACCUCAACAUGUACACAGUAUUGCCUCUCUCUGA